UGCAUCUUUCUGCUUAAAACCAGGCAGCCAGUCCUGCCGGCCUCCGCUGUCUGUACCCGCUUGUCCGUCUCUCGGUCGCUCUCCUCCCUCUUCUCCACCCUCAUUUCUCUUUCCUCGAGGGACACUCCGGAGAUAGAAAUUGAUUGAGAGCGACAGAAAGCUAGAGAGAGAGACUCCAAUCUUUUGGACUUCCAUCUAUUCCCGGCGUAUCGGCGAGGAGACCUGUUGAGAAUCUUGAGAUAUGAAAGGGGAAGAAGGUAGAAUGGAAGACGAGAAGAACGUGACGAUUGAUGAUCUGAGGAAGAGAAUGGCAGAGUUCGCGAGGGAGAGAGAUUGGGAUCAGUUUCACAGUCCCAGGAAUCUUCUCUUAGCUCUGGUUGGAGAGGUUGGGGAGCUUUCAGAAAUAUUUCAGUGGAAAGGAGAAGUGCCCAGGGGAUUACCAGACUGGGACGAGGAUGAGAAGGAACAUUUAGGCGAAGAGCUCUCUGAUGUUCUUCUCUAUCUGGUUAGGCUCUCAGAUAUCUGCGGUGUGGAUCUGGGGAAGGCCGCUCUCAGGAAAUUGGAGCUCAAUGCUCGCAAGUAUCCUGUACAGCAAUGCAUGGCGUCUUCCAAGAAAUAUACACACUACAGUAACUCUAAGCUCCAAGGUGAGUCUCUCUGUACUGGAAAUGAGAAUGGUAAUGAAGAUGCCAUUACUGAGCUACCUUAGCAUCCAUUUUCCUCCAGAAAUGGCGGGCCUUUUUGGCAUCUGCGCGUUUUGUCAUGUUGAUCUUAACUCCUUUUGUUUCUUUUGUUUUCAAUAGAAGUAUAAAAACCAAAUCUUUUUUGUUCUUUUG